AUGUCUCAGCAGGCCUGGUUGAAUCAUCGAGUGAAACAGAUGGCCAUCGUCCGAGGCCUUUUACCUCCUUCUGAAAUCCCCGAUUCGGACUCGGAAUGCAACAUUGACAGUAAUGAGAAGUCGGAAGAUGGUGAGACCAAAGUCUCCCCAGUAUUAUCCUCCCGCAAAUGUCCUCGUCGUCGUCGUAGAUUUGGUUUCAAGCUACUUUCCCGUCCCUGUUGGCCGGCGGCUUGUUACACUAAGAAGGGCCUCACUUACACUGCUUUCGCAUUACCCAUUGUCGCCUUCCUCCUAAUUGGAGCUCUCCUACAGUUGGAUUUUUCCACUCUCAUGCCGCCACUUCUCCUCCAUGCGCUUCCUUGGUGGACGGUGUAUGCGGUGAAGGUGGUGGUGAUACUCGUUGUCUUAAAUCGAUUCAAGAGUAAUAUUAUCAGGCUACAAACUAAUGAAUAUACGUUCCUAAUGGUGUUCAGUCUGGGUCUGGUGACAACAGCAAGUCUGACACUCACUGGGCUCUUUCUUCUCAUUCCAGACGUGGGUGCUCCGCACAUCCUCGUCCAUUUCUCAUUUUUUGCUGCUGUUUCCUGUCUCUGGUUCUCUCUCUACCGCACAGCCACUAUGGAUCCAGGAUUUGUCGAUUCUUCUGCAGCCACUAUCGUUCCCGUCUCAAAUUCCUGCGUUUCUGAGGCAGCUGUUGCGUCCGCAGUUGUCGACGUCGUCGAUGCUGAGGUACGGCAGAUCCUUGUCCAUUCCGACACCACUUCAGGUGGUGGCCCACCACCUUCACGACGAUCUGUUCUCCUGAAACGAUUUUGCACAACAUGCUUGGUGCGAAAACCCCUCAGAUCGAAGCAUUGUCGAGCUUGCAAUCGGUGUGUUUCGCGGUUUGAUCAUCACUGUCCCUGGGUUGGAAAUUGCGUUGGACAGAAUAAUCACCAUUGGUUCCUAUAUUAUCUCUUAUUCACUUCUCUUUCUUUGAUUCUCUUCAUGCUGGAGUCUAUACUCUACUGGCGUAUUACUCCGCUCUGCUACAACCUAAUUGGACUCAACACACCUUUCACUUGGAAAUGGUACUUGGAGACUGCUCUUGCGGUUGCGUGGUGUCAUCCCUGGUUGGUUUAUUGCUUUGUGAAUGCAGCUUUUUAUACUCUCUGGACAGUGCUGCUAUUCGGAGCCCACUUCCAUCAAAUGGUGUGGGGUGGUGUAACCACCAAUGAACGGAUCAAUGUCGAUCGAUAUGUUGAGUUUUCAGGAGGUCUAGUGUGGGCGAAGGAUGGCUACACUAGGGGACUGUGUUGUGGACCUUCGGGGUGUCUUUGUGGUCUUCCUCAGUGUCCCUAUAAUCGUGGAGUGAUUGGUAACCUCUCAGACCUAUGUCGAAUUAGUCUUGGAGCUCACAGACCUGUUGAGUCAUCCAUCCAAGAAGACAGCUCUGGCAGUCUCGUGUCGAGCAUGGACAAGCUGGCUCGUGACAGUCAUGCUGAUUUGCGAGCAAGACGUCAGAAAGCGCUGAAUUUGGCAGCCAACAACACCAGCGGAACUCCGCGUCUUGGAAUGGUCCGUCACUUGUAUCUCGUUAUUGAUCUCUCGUCGGCAAUGCUGGAACGUGAUUUGCACCCUACUCGCAUCAUUUGUACAAUUAGAUGUCUCAAAAAGUUUGUGGGCAACUUUUUCGAUCAGAAUCCCCUGAGUCAGUUGGGUAUUAUUACUACUUCUGGUUCAAAGGCCAAAGUUGUUUCAGCAUUAUCAGGUGGCUUGGUCAGGCACAUGAAAGCUCUUACAGAAUUGGAAAAAAAUCCACAUUGCGAAGGAGAGCCCAGCAUUCAGAACGCUCUUCUGAUUGCUGAAUCUCGGCUCAAACACAUACCUUCCUACAGCUCUCGUGAAAUUCUCCUAGUGAUGAGUUCCAUGACAACCUGCGAUCCGGGCGAUAUCCAUCAAACCAUCCAAAGUCUAAUCAACAACAAAAUUCGCUGCAGUGUAAUCUCCCUGGCUGUUGAAGUCUUUGUCCACAAGGCACUCGCCACUGCUACUGGGGGUAAAGUUUACUUGAGCUUCUUUUACCAUAUAUAUAUAUAUAUUGUAAUUGGCUGA